AUGCCUGGAAGACAAUCUCAUGUUCUUAAUAACCAGAAAACUGAUGGCUUAAAGAACAAAACCACGAGAGGGAAACGAAAGCUUGGGAGAGGCCUUGACGCUCUAACGGUCGCAGAACGGGAAUACCCACAAAAGUCAGGCAUCAAAAAACAUAGACUUGGCGAGGAUGAGGAACAAGAAUCAGGCCGUAAGAGAGAAUUUGGGCAGGAUACCAAUGACGAAGAUGCCCCUUCAAAACGGAGAAGGACAGCCCACUCAGCACUGGACGAAGAUGGAGGCAGCGACAGUGAUGGAAACGAGUGGAAAUUAGGUGAAGUGGAUAGCGAUGAAGAUAGUGAUAUCGAUAGCGACAACGCUUUUGGCUCCAGCGAUGAAGAGAGAUUUGAGGGAUUCACUUUCAGAGCCAGUUCCUCAAAGACAAAUGCAGAUACACGCCGCAAGAAGCGGGAUGAAGGCUUAUCCGAGGAUGGGAACGAUUACGGAUCGAAUGAUGAGAUAGAUGACGAUCUUGGAGAUGAUGCAGUAGAUUUGGCCGCAGCAUGGGACAUGAACGCAGAAGAGUCAGAGGAAGAGAAGUCAAAGGCGGCUUCGAAGGCGGGAAGACAAGCAGCAGAACAAGAGGAAAGUGAUGAAGAUAAAUCCGCCUCGGAGACAGGCAGUGAAGAUGAAUCUGAUGGGGAGUCGCAACUAUCUUUUUCUGACAACGAUGACGCUACAGAAUCCCGUGGCCUCUCAAAACUACAGAGAUUUGUGACUGCCUUAAAACCAGAAUCUAUGGAUGAGAACAAAUCCGGUCAUGGACCUUCUAUGACGCUCCAGGGUAAUGAGCCAACCGAAUUCGGUGUGGUGUCCCGCCAAAAACUCACGGUUGCGGAUCUGUUGCCUACAUUAUCGGAUUCUCGUAUGAAAGGUUCUUUAAAGCAUCUUCACACCGAAAGUGUUCCGAAGAAUACUCAGAGCAGCGGUAUUCCGGGGAAAUUGGAUGUACCACUAUCCAAGCGCGAGCAGGAUCGUCUAGACCGUGCAGCCGCUUAUCAGAAGAGCAAGGAAACAUUAGACCGGUGGAUAGACACCGUCAAAGAUAAUAGACGUGCAGAACAUCUAACAUUUCCGCUCCCUGAGAUCGCUCCUGUGCAAGAUCGCAAAAUCGCAGAAUCGAAGCCCAGGACUGACCUUGAAACUACAAUUCAAAAUAUUCUAGUUGAGAGUGGUCUAGCGAGCUCCAAUGGCAAAGAUGGGGAGAAUCGGAUCCAAGAAGUAGAAGAAUUACAGGCGAAUAAGCUCUCCAUCGAGGAAAUACAAGCCCGUCGCAUCGAGCUCCGCAAGGCGCGAGAGUUACUCUUCCGGGAAGAGGUUCGAGCAAAGCGAAUUAAAAAGAUCAAGAGUAAAGCCUACCGCCGUGUUCAUCGCAAGGAGAGAGAGCGAAUGGAACUACGAGAAAGAGAGGCAUUGGCUGCUGCUGGGGUUGAAAUGGAUGAGGAUGAUCGCGAGAAAGCCGAUAGAUUGCGAGCAGAGAUGAGAAUGGGUGCCAAGCAUCGGGAGAGUAAGUGGGCGAAGAGUGUUAAAGAAUCCGGUCGUGCGGCGUGGGAUGACGAUGCACGUGCUGGUAUGGCCGAACAGGCUCGACGAAAAGAUGAGCUUCAAAGGAGGAUAGAAGGGAAACGAGUUGAGAAUGAAGAGUACCUGGAUUCGUCGAGUUCGGAAUCUGAGGAGGAUGAUAUAGAUCCCUUUGACGAACUUGGGUCAGAAAAUGAGUCCCAGAGACUAAAAGAGAAACUUAAGAAACUGGGUGCAACGGCAGACGAGGAAGAUUCGAACGGUCCGCAUGCAAAAUUGUUUUCCAUGAGAUUCAUGCAAAAUGCUGAAGCUUCCCGAAAAGCGGCCAACGAUGCCGAAAUAAGGAAGCUUAGCAGGCAGCUUGAUGGUAACACUUCAGCACCGGAAGAAGGCGACGAAGAAACUGGCGGCCGUCAGCAUUACGGAAAGAAAGAGAUGAAACCCUCUAAGCCGGCACCGGCUGUCUUGAAACAUGAUUUUGAAGAGCCCGAUUCCGAGAUUGAACAGUUGGAACGUCUUAACGUUGGUCAGUCGAUCGAGAAUCUUAUAAACAGUAAAACAGAUAAAACACAAAAGAGGCGAUUGCGAAAUUCAGUUCCGCACGAAGGCAGCCCGCAUGGCAGCAACGCUAAUUACAAGGAGCCAAUAGAUAACCCGUGGUUAUCAGAAGGAACAAAACUACCACGGAAAAUGAAACGUGUAGGAGACGGUAAUGCAGAUGUUACACUCAUCGACAACAGCGGGCGAUGUACGGGAGCACCCAAUCCAAGGCACGCUUUUCGAGAUGGAGGCUCCCAUGUACCAAACAUUCAGAACGGCGAUGACACGUCUGACGAAGAUGUUUCAGGUGGUACAGUGCUCCUUCGAAACGAAGAGCUUGUCCAGCGAGCGUUCGCGGGGGACGAGGUCCUCGAAGCGUUCAAGCAGGAAAAACGGGAUGUUGUGGAGGAUGAAGGCGAUCAAGUCAUUGAAGACACGCUGCCGGGAUGGGGUGCCUGGACGGGAUCCGGGCUCAGUAAGAGGGAGCAGCGAGACGCUAGAGCUAAGAGAAGCUUCACAACGAAGGAGGGCAUCAGUCCUGAGAGGAGGAAGGACUCGAAACUAGAACGUGUUAUCAUCAACGAGAAGCGCAUCCGAAAGAAUACCAAGUAUCUAGCGUCGCAGCUCCCCCACCCGUUUGAGUCACGGCAGCAGUACGAACGAUCACUCCGGCUGCCUAUUGGGCCUGAAUGGACAACGAAAGAGGUGUUCCAGAGCCGCACAAAGCCGCGCGUGAUGGUGAAGCAAGGUGUCAUCAAGCCCAUUCAGCGGCCGCACAUGUAA